CCCGGGCUGCUCCUGGCGGCCGCCCAGCGCCACCUGCGCGCGGGGGGGAGGAAGAAGACGAAGGAGAGAGGCCUGUCGCGGCCGUCCUGCUUGCAGCUGGCCGGGGAGGUGGGGGCCGUGGCCGCCGGCCUGAAGCCCGCCUUCCUCUACGACUACAGCCCGGCCGGGCCUGCCCAGGUCCUCCGCUACCUCCGGCAGCUCCAGGCCCUCGGCGGCGGCGCCCUCGGAGGAGGAGGCGGCCGCCUGCACGUCCUGAGCCUCGCCGACCACGUCCUGGUCGUCAACGUGGACGUGGCGGUGCGGCGGCUGGAGGCGCUCCUGCUGGCCGAGGACACGGUGGUCUCCUUCGUGGACGUCUCCGCCGCCAGGACGAGCCCCGCCCUCUGCUCCGCGCCCGACGUGGAGGCCAUCCGAGGACACCUCUCCGAGAUCCUGAGCCACCUGAAAGCCUUGGCGGCGGGAGGAGGAGGAGACCCGUCCCCCCGGGCCCUCUCCUCCUCCUCCUCCUCCUCCUCCAGCGCCCUCUUCUCUGCGGACUGGAACCUGUGCACCCUCUUCGGCGUGCUGCUGGGCUACCCGGCAGCCUACAGCUUCCCUGCUCGCGAGGAGGGCCUUGGCAACUGCCUGGCUCUGACCCCGCUGAGGGUCUUCACUGUCCACGCCACCUGCCGCCGGAUAAGCCAGGACCUCAGAGUUCGGCUUUACUCUUUCAGCGUCCCAGAGGAUUUAUACUCUCUCCUGAAAGCUGGUAUUGACGCGUGGUGUGAAACUCUGCAGGACGCUUCUAGUCAAAGAGGUCUAAAUUGAUCACUCAGUGAAACGCCUGUGGAGAAAAAAGAGAUGAUUGUCAGGACCUCUUACAGUUCUGCAGGGCCUGCAAGAUGGAGCUCUUCCAUGAGUCCUUCAAUUAAGGAGCCGCCUCCAACAACAACUGGAAGAAAUAGAACCCUGACAAUAUAGUUACCUGGUUUCACUAUCUACAGUCUGUGCCUGCCGCAUAUGUAUGGAAAGACCAAUGAGCUGACCAAGACAGACCAGCGGAUAUAUCAAUAUGACUGUCACCGUCAUAUUUAAGCAAUACUAACUAUAGAUCUUGCUAGCACUUUUAUCAUAUAAUUUUGUAUGGUUUCAGAAGGUUUUAUGAUUUUCUAAUUAUUAUUUAUAUGUUUACGUAAGCCACCCUGAGCCUACUCCGGCAGGGAGGGCGGGGUAUAAAUUGAACAAAUAAAAUAAUAAUAGAGUGAUAGUUGGAGUCCCCAAUGAUGCCAGAAUACACAUUAACUGCUGCUGCAAACCAAAAUGGCGGAAGUGGUGACCCUGAAAACUGUUGACCAGAUUAUGACAUAGACAAAACAGAAUUUUCUCUGAAUAGCAGCCACCCUGUGAUGAGAGGCAGUUACUGUUUACUGAAGGCAUUGCAGAAAUUAGGACCAGGUUUUAUCCAUAUAAGCCCAUUCUAUGGUGAGUUCAGUUCUGAUAGCUCUCUAGCCAUCUGCUUCUCAGUAGCAUUUGGGAGUUGAAAAUGCAGAAAUGCAGCUGUGUUUUUUUUUCUUUUCACUAGAUGCAAGAACAUAUAUUCAAGUUUGUGUUAGCUGUACUGAUUGCCUAAGAUCUGGACACAAUUCAGGAUGUAGGUUGUGAGUUCUCUUGCAAACAGCUGGUACCCAGAAUCUCAGGCACCCCUUUCUUCUGCCCAUGAAACCAAUAAAAUUCCAGUUGCCUUCUACUAGACAGGUUAGAAGCACAGGCCGGGCCUUCUCAGUAGUGGCACCAAAGCCCAUUGUUAGUUGUUUUUAGAAGCCAGUGUAAAACCUUUCUGUUUAAAUAGGUAUUAGGUGAAUUAUUUUUUAAAACUUGGGAGGAGAAAAUCGAAAUAAUUUCUAGUGCCAGUAGCAUCUGUCCUUCACUGAGUUCAAAGUUUGAACAAAAAAUGUUUAACUUCUGGAUGACCACAUAUGCAAGGUUGUUGUUUUUUCCCCUGUAACGGGCUGUUCUCUAAUUGAUAAAGUCCCAUGUUCUACAAUGUGCAAAGCUCAUGAUAAGAUGUGUGUAAGGUUUUGAGAUAUCUUUAGGCCAUGGAUACUUAAGUGCUAGGAAGUUGUGCUUUAAUUGCAAACUAAAUAAAUUGUGGCAGUAUAAAAUGAAUAUUCAAAUAGAACAUCUAUUUGUGCCUCUUUCCUCUGAACGACUGAGCUCCUCUCAAUGUUGCUGUAACUUUUUUAAAAAUAAAGUUUAUUAAUAAUAAGGU